UGAAGCAAAGAAGACCUCGAGCGAGUACAAAGCACGUCUUCAUUUGGACCGCACAGUACUCCUGCAAAAGGCUGCGCAGAGCUGGGACCCGCACAUAUGGCAGCUCCUCCAUUCCUCCUGUUGUCCAGCGUGCAGCGGAAGGGGGUGAAUGUGCCCAUGCACACGGACCCCAAAAAAAAAACAUGGGUUGCAGGCACCCUAAUAGAAUAAUAGCAAGUCCGGGAACUGUAAAAGCUCUAAGAUAUGAGUAUCAAUUUCAUCACAAAACGACCGGCCUAAGAGCUUCCAUUUUGGAUUUAUAUAUUCCGACUCUGUAGUUGCAGGAUGUCUUCAUCUUUGUAUAUAUCCGCCUAGCAGCGCAAUAAGAAGAUAGGGCGGUGAUGGGUAUCAGAGACGAAGGUGGUUCUGGGAGCUCCCAUGGCGACGGCGAGAUUGAAAUUCCAGAGACUGCUCAUCAAGUCAGCAAUGAUUCAUGGUUUCAAGUUGGAGUUGUUCUAAGUACGGGAAUCAACAGUGCGUAUGCUCUAGGGUAUGCUGGAGCUAUUAUGGUCCCACUAGGUUGGGUAGGCGGUGUGGUUGGGUUGAUCCUAUCCACCGCUAUAUCGCUAUAUGCUAGUACGCUUAUAGCUAAGCUUCAUGAACUUGGAGGAAAGAGGCAUAUCAGAUAUAGAGACCUUGCAGGCUUUAUAUAUGGUCCAACUGUUUAUUCACUUGUUUGGGCAUUGCAGUCUGCAAAUCUAUUCUUGAUUAACACUGGGUAUGUUAUUCUUGGUGGCCAGGCCUUAAAGGCCUUUUAUGUUCUCUUUAGAGAUGACCAUGUGAUGAAGCUUCCUUACUUCAUUAUAAUAGCUGGAGUGGCAUGUCUCCUCUUCGCUGUUGCUAUACCUCAUUUAUCAGCACUUAGGAUCUGGCUUGGGGUUUCAGCUUUUCUUAGUUUGGUCUACCUUCUUGCCACGUUUGUCCUGUCUAUCAAAGAUGGUGUAAAUGCUCCUCCUAGAGACUAUAACAUCCCGGGAACAACAAUAGGCAAAAUAUUUACAACUAUUGGUGCAGCUGGCAACGUAGUGUUUGCUUUUAAUUCAGGAAUGAUUCCAGAGAUACAAGUUAGCAUUUGCGCGCCUCUUUUAUUUAGAUUAUAUUAAGUGGAAUAUACAAGAUCAGGGGAAAUAAACAAAGCAUGUUCUUUUGCGCAACAUGCAAAGAAUUUUGGAAACUUUUCCCUUCAGGAAAAUGUUUUACCAUCCCAAUCCCACAGCAACUAAGUAAGGGCCAUAAGGAAUUUUCUCUUGCUUAGUACUUGAGGGCCGUUGAGGCUUUGUUUGGUCAAUAAGACAAAUGAAUAAGUGGGAAAGGAAGCAGAUAGAGUUUGAGAGAUAAAAAGUGGAAGAACGAAAUGUGUGAGGAAAAGAGCUGAUUUUAUGUAAAGUUUUAUCCCCUAUUACUUCACAGUUCACUGUAUAGAAGAGCUAUCAAUAGCCAAAAGGCUACUGUUAAAGAACCUGCGGUGAGGAACAUGAUGAAAGCACUUUACUUUCAGUUCACAGUAGGAGUGAUGCCAAUGCUUGCUGUUACAUUCGUGGGGUAUUGGGCUUAUGGCUCCAGCUCAUCGGCCUAUUUGCUCAAUAACGUCCAUGGCCCAGUUUGGUUAAAGGCAUUUGCUAACAUAUGUGCUUUCUUGCAAGCUAUCAUCUCUUUGCAUCACAACCAGGGCAAUGCGGUGGUGGCAAAAGCCUGACGACGGCGAUUGGUGGUGACAAUCUGGUAGCGGUUUGGAGACUAGCUGUCAGCUCUGGCAGGCUAGUUGCUCACCCCGACCCCUGUAGGCUUGGAGUAUUUUGUGACAAUAAGAAACUCAGAUUUAAGACAUGUUAAAUAUCAAGUAUAUUUGCCUUUUAACAUGUUUUACUUCUAUGAUUGAAAUUAUCUCUAUCAUUUAUCUUUUAUUAAUAUGCAAUGUGAAGGUUACAUCCUUGUAAAACAAAAAAAAAGUCUUCUUCUAUUCUGUGUAUAAAUUCUCUUACAUGCGCCAUUUUGUGU